AUGGACAAAGGCCCGUCCCCCUCUCAGGAUCUGCAGCUGUCUUCGCCGAUGGCGGAGACGGAUAGCGAAGGUGCACAAAGCUCGAUAGCUACGGAAGUGGAUCAGUCUCAGGCCCCAAGAGGAGAGGGGGGAACACAGAGUCGGGCAGCAGAGCUUCUGCGUCUGGUAGGCUCGAAACUGAGACCCUCGCGCCACAACCUGGCGCUGACGCCUCCCCCUGAAGUCAGCUCGUCUGGAAUUCCAUGGGCGCCUCCAGCUCACCCCGCCACAUGUGACUGGCUGAGGACAGAGUGCCCACAAUGCCUGCCUGCGGAAGCAGUCAAUGCCGUGCACACGCCCCAGCCUGCGUUAUCGAGGCCUGGAAGUCGCUGCAAGCCGUGCACCUCUUCGCGUGGGCCUGGGGGUGGAGUUCGUCAAACAGACACCCUCUCGCGGACAGACUGCUUGACAGAAAGAAUGCGAAUUCCGGCUGAGGCGCUCCGGGCACGCUUUUUUGAAUCAGAUCCUCUUGCCUCCGUUCCAAAGGCGUCUCCGCGCCCUCCUACCGAUGCUGUCUUCCCAGACAGCGCCUUUCCUUUCGGCAGCAGUUGUGCGCGUUUACCUGGCGGGCAGGUCGCAGAGACAAAGAUAGAGGAUACACACCCACAGUGCGUUGCUCAGAAGUACUUUCUGCUUCAGGCAGCCGCUUUCCCCGCCGUGGCGGGGCUCGGAGCGCAUCUGGGAGCGUCGCUGCUGGCGCCCCUCCCCAGAACUGCCUGCGAGGGACAAGCAAGCAGCGUAUAUGCGUUUUCGCCCAACCCACAGUCCGUCGCCCUUCUGCCCUCCCCCGCUUCGGCAAACGACGCUGCAGUCGCUCCGCCGCAGGGGAAUGGAAGCCGAAUGCCCGAGGCAGCGCAGCUCCACGCGCACCAGCGACAACUGCCGCAGGCCCCAGAUAACGAGGCCGUCUUCACAGUAAGCUUCAGAAUGGAGCAGACCGCAAAGGCCUGCGGCGACGGCGCUGCCGCGCAGGCGCCGCUUCCCAGUCCAACGUUUAUUCAGGGCGAGGCACUGCCGCCCCACCCCCAAUUCCGUCUCUGCAUCGCGGACUACGCAGCGCCCACGCAUCCCACAAGGCCAUGCACGGAUUCUGCGACGCUGAAUCCCCCUGAAAACCUGCAAGCGCCUGACCCGCUGCGCUCUGCCAAAAACGAUCGGUCAGCCACCCCCCAAGCGCCGGAAACGCACAGCCAAAACGACGAAAGCACAGCUGCGCGCGCAGACUUGGCGCGUCUCGACAGCGAGGACGCGCCGCCUCAAAGCACGCCAAAGGAACGCCUCUCGCCCCGCGCGAGUGACGGCAGAGGCGCGCGAACUGGGCACUCGGAAUCAAAGGAUCCACACAGCGGCAGACCCAGCGCUCUCCAACGCCAAAAGGAAGGCGCUUCAGGCGAUCAGACCGCCAGUCUGCGGGCUUGCGGGCGGCAGCUUGAGGGCGCUCAUUCGUCGCGCAAAAGUGAAGCGACGCCUCGGGAAGCGCAGAGCGGGGCGGAGGCAGGGCCGCCACAGAACGCUCACCUCGAGGUGCCUCUGCAACUGCUGAGACGCAUUCUGGAUCAGCAGGCCGAGCAGCUGUCGCUGCUGCGGCUGUGGGAGAGAGAGAGCAGCGGCUGCCCGCCAGACAACGGGCGAGCGCUGCGCAGAAAUGCGUCACAGGAGCAGGGGGAACUGAGAGCGGUCGCUGGCCCUGCGGCUCGCCUUUCGCCGGCAGAAUCUCACGACGCCGGAUGGACGGGAGACAUCCCCAAGCCUAGGAACCUGCCUGGAGAGCGAAGGGCGGCAGAGCGCCUUCCGACAGCCUGGAGCACUGCUGAAGACUUGGUAUUGCUUCUUGGGAACGGGCGCGAGGGCAGAGCGAACAUCCAGUGGCCGCGGGAGACGCCUUCAUCGACUCGAGAGGCAAGUCGGCAAGUAGAGACCUCCAGCGAACGCCAUCAGAAGCACCACGCAACGCAGCAGUCCGCAUGCGCGGGGCACGACCGCUCUCGAGAGCAUGUUCAAGAGGGCAGGGGGCUCCGCGAGGCGCGCUGUUGCGACCAACGUGCCGACGACGCUCAAGCUGCGCCGGGCGAGCGAGGCGGCUGCCCUCUCACCCAAGAGAAUCUCCGGUACCUCUCCAACCCGUCCUCCUAUGUAAUACGCACAGACUCCUCGCGCAGAGAGAGGAGGUCGCCAGAUUCGGGGACUGCGGAAGCCUGUCUGAUGAGCACACGCUGCGCGAAUAGCUAUGCCUCAGAGCAGCGCAACGAAGCCCGAUGCGCGGAAUUUGCUUGCGCUAGCGAGCGCAGAGAGACGGCUCGGCGUCCGAGCGGCUCCCGCUCGGAAGGUCGAGGCGAGCCGCCGCGUGCGGUCACCCACGGCCCGCCUCCUACCGCUGGCUGUUCGAACGCUGCCGAGUUUCCUGCGAUUCCUUCUCACUCCUCACCCCGUCUGUAUCAUCAUCUGCAGGGGGCGGGAACCGCGCGCCGCUGCCGGAAAAGCCGCAGGGAGCACGCGCACUUUCCGCAGACACACCAACUCGGGCGAGACGCGAGGCCGGGCCUACCCGACAGAGGGGGGGUGGCAUUCCCGCAGCAGGGUUUAGAGCCGGAGACGGCAGUGUGGCGGAGGUCUCCGCGACAGAGACGUCCGGCGAGUAGAGACGAUGCGCGGCGGCCUGCAGCCGAACGGCUCCCGCUGCCGCGGUGUGCGUUUUCGAUGGGGCGCGACUCGCCAUGUGGCACGGACCCAACCGAUGACGCAUGCGGUCGUGGAGAGGCAUAUACGUCGAUGGAUCAGAGAGAACUAGAGUCGCCCUCGAGAGAGGACCUCGGAGCACGAGACAUUCCACCUGACACGCAAGACAGGAGAGCCAGAGAUGAAGGAAGCAGACUCUCUCUGGUGGCACCUACAAGCAUCCCGCACUGUAGGCGAUUCGUUGAGUCCGGCGGGAUGCAGUUUUCGCCAGUCGAGGCGCACGCAUGCGGCGCUUCGCUUCAUACAGUGGCGGAGAUGAGCAGAGGAGUAGGCACAUGCGGCCACAGCUCACGUCGGGCGAUUGGCAGCAUCCCAUCCGGAAGCCUCUGUUGGCGUCAUGUCGCGGCACUCCACGCGCACAAACUGCCUUGCCAAUGCAGUCACACAGAGUCUGCUCCCUGUCCAGGUGGCGCUGUCUCGGCUUGUUUUGCCGAUGCCAUUCCCGCGUCGCCUACUCCGGAGAACUCAAUUUCAUUUUCUGCGGGCGAAGUGAACGGAGGGGGGGACUUCGUAGGAAGCUGCCGGAGUCAGGCGGGGUGGCGUGGAGCGGCGCAGCAAAUCGAAGGCACAGAAGCCGUCCUCGCGCGAAAAAUGGAGGAGGUCGAACUCGAACUUCGGCACCAUCUGCAUCGAUACGUGCAGCAACAGCGGCUCGAAUCCGAAUUGCAGUUGCGUCAGUGGCGCCACGCUCGACAGGGCAACAGCUUUCCGCAGGAUGAAAGUCGAGCGCCUUGCCGCGUAACAUCUGGGCUGGGGAAUCCUAUCUUCUGCGGCAGCUGCCUCGCUGGCAGGAACGUCGUCGCUGAGGGGGGCUGCUGCCGGAGUCAGCAGAAAGACUGCCGUCAUAGGGCGAAAGUCUGCGGCGGAGGAUUCAAAGGCACGGAAGAGGACGACCCCCGUGGCGGCGAUGCCAAAUGUUCCUGGGGAUCGCCAUUCACCAGAAUGAUUCAGAAGGAAUUCUGGUGCACCCGGUACCGACAAGCGAGCGUGCAGACCGAUCGCCGGAGUCGAUCUUCUACGUCCUCCCCGCCCCGAGGAGGUUUCAAACCCUCUCCGUCCGCGAGGGAAACCGAUGAUCGUCUUCGAAAAGGGCGCCGUCGCACACACAGACACAACAGAGACAUACGCCCGCACAGUUCACCAAAACACCGCCAACGGAGGAGUCUCACCGAACAGCAGCGAAUUCUCCUGCUGCGCGUCCUCGCGGAUUUCCCGCCACCUUCGCAUUCAGAAACGUCCACGCACUCCUUGUCCACGAGAAGUGAAAGCAGCGAGCGCAGCUGCAGUUCGCAUCGCAGUCAGUCUCCCCGCACACAACUGCAUCUGCCACAGCAACCGGAAGUAGAGUCGGAGCAGCUCCUGCCUGCGGCUCAGCAGCCGACGGCGACCGCUCACACGGCGAGUAUUUCUUCUCGUUCAGUCAGGCACAGGCAGUCACUAAAACACCCUACCGACACCUCAGGUCUCGUCCACGAAGCAGAUCCGCUAGCUGCCCCAGAUCAAAGGGCAGCAGUGGCGGCCGCUGGCAGGGCCACGCCUGCAGCGUCUGGCCGCCAAGACAUGUGGGAAACUUCUGCAAACGCUUGUCAGACUGAAAACGCCAGUCUCUGCGCGCCGGGCGCCUCGCACUUUCGUCGAAAACCGACGCGAAAAAAUGCCGUCGCGACGGGCACGACGUCGCGUCUGCUGGCGACCGCGGGGCGCUGCGUAUUGCGGCGCGAGGGGACUUUGGAGAAAAAACGAGAGAUGCAGUCACCCGCAGCUGCGUAUCAGAGGCGCAGUGAAGUGAGGCGGAGGCUCUCGAUCGAGCGCAUUAGUUACGGAAAAGAAAACAGUGCGAGGCGCCCCCCCGGUUGUCGUGUUGGGCCUCGACUGCGAGCAGCCGCGCCCACGCGCGACACAGCGUCAGGCAUUGAAGACAACUCGAAAGCGCCGUUACGGAGGAACGAAAAAGAAGACGCAGGACACGCUCGAGAGCAGCACUCCGCCCUCCAAAAGACAGCAGCCAGCACAGCAGGAAAUAGUUCCGAGCGGCGCGUUGCGGCGGAGGCAAGCGAAGCUCAGACACCAUAUAUCCAGCGACCAGAUAACCGAGCCCCGCCGAAGCAAAACGUUCGCUUGCCCGCCGCUUUCUUCUCGGGAGGGCGAUGCUCGCUACCAGGACGAUGCGCCAGACAAACUCCUUCCAGUGCGAGCCAGGUUGCUCAUGUGGAGCAGCGCUCUGACGCUGGAGGGCGAAGCGAAAGAUCCAGCGGACCAAAAACCCGCGAACGCGCGCUCGAGCGGGAAGAGCUCAGGAAGCUGCCGGCGGGUCUCGCGUGCAUUCCCCGCCCAUCGACGACACGCUGA